AUGGAAUUCAACGCAGACACUUUCAGUUGGCCGAAAGGUCGUUGGAAGAGAUAUGAUGCCUUACCAUCUAUCGUGUGGUACACGACAAAUAUUUGGUGGAUACAGAGGAACAGGAGAAUCACUUGCACCAGCGGCGUAAGCACCUUCGAAUGCGAAGUCUUCAAACUCCAGACAGCACCAGAAAAUCCUAAUGCGUAUCUGUUUUACGGCUCGGAUGUGCACUACUUUCCUCUUCCAAGAAAUUCAAGCGUUCUCUGGGGAUUGCUGCAUGACGAAUCACCUGCUAACAGAUUGGAGUUUGUCUACGAAGAAGGGUUAAGACUCUUCAAUUUCUCGUCAACUUUCAGCAGGUUCAGCGAUGUACCGAUGCCGUUGAUGAAGUCCAAAGGUCUGGACGCACUUACCAGUCGUAAAUAUUUCGUCAAUACGCCAGAUAAAAACGCUGCUCUGUCAGAUAUUGCUCCUGUAAUCUACAUGCAAUCUGAUUGCUAUUCUAUGAGUGAAAGAGAUGCCUAUGUUGCACAGCUUAUGGGGUAUAUUUCUAUAGAUUCUUAUGGGGAAUGUCUUCGUAACAAGGACUUGCCUUUAAGUGAUAUAUACGUCAAUGUUAGGAGAGGUCCUCAAAUGUAUCUUCAAUAUCUUUAUGGGACUGACCUUUUAAACUUCAUAUCAAGGUAUAAGUUCAUGAUAGCAAUAGAAAACGCAGUCUGCAACGAUUAUGUAUCAGAAAAGCUCUGGCGAGCGUUAGAAGUGGGUGUAGUGCCGAUCUACUACGGCUCGCCGCUGAUCAGGGACUGGCUGCCGAACAACAAGUCGGCCAUACUGCUGGAGGACUUCCCAACGCCGGAGCUGCUCAGCCAACACUUGCACUACCUCCUGAACAACGACACGGCGUACGAAGAAUACCUCGAGCAUAAGACGUUAGGACGUAUUUCAAACCAGAAAUUGUUAGACGAUCUAAAAGCGAGGUCUUAUCAAAUUGACUUAGCAGAGACAGCAUUUAAACUUGAGUGUCUUAUUUGUGAAAAGCUUUACAAUAACGAUGAUGCAGUCAAUAUGGUGACGAAGAAUCAUUAUGAUUGUCCGAUGGAGCCGUUUUCAGAUUUAGCUUAUGUCCCUAGUCACAUAGACCUUUGGAGGCGACUUUAUGAUGACGCGAAGAAUAAAGUUGACAGCCUGGUGAAAGAAAUCGACGAACAAAUUGAUGAACGUCGUGUAUCUAAUACCAGCUGGUGGAUUAAUGACGGCAAGGAAUAG